GAGAGUUGAGUAGGUGGUUCAGGGUUUAGGGAAGGAGUAGAUUUUGUUUUUUGCAGACAAGGAUUAAAACAAAGAUUUUUUUGUUAGAAGGAGAAGAAGUCAGAAUAGACGUAUUAUGGGAUAGGCUUGUUUAGAACAGAAAUCAAAGACCAACUGUUCUGAGAGAAAGAAAGAACAUCUGCAAAUGAAAUGCUGUUUCUGCAACUUCCAUUGCUAGUGGUUCUCCUCCCGGGUGGUGACAAUAAAGAUGACUUCCAGGAGCCAGUCUCCUUCCAACUCAUCCAGAUCUCAUCCUUUUACAACCGUUCCUCAGAAGAAAAUCUGGGCUCAGGUUGGCUGGGUGAGUUGCAGACUCAUGGGUGGGAGAGCAACUCUGGCACUAUCUUCUUCCUGUGGCCCUGGUCCAAGGGCAACUUCAGCAAUGAGGAGUGGAUGGACCUGAAAGAGUCACUCCAUACGAUGUCCAUUGGAUUUCUUCAGGCACUUCAUGACUAUGCCAGUCAAUGGCAGCUUGAAUAUCCCUUUGAGGUACAGUUGGCAGGAGGCUGUGAUCUGCACUUGGAGGAAGCCUCUAUAGGAUUCAUACGGAUUGCUUAUCAAGGGUCAGAUCUCGUGAGCUUCCAGAAGAAUUCAUGGUUGCCAUCUCCAAAUGGUGGAAGUAGGGCUCAGCAUAUCUGUACGCUAUUCAAUUCAGAUAAAGACGCCCUGGAAAUAUUACACAAGCUCUUCUUUGAAACCUGCCCACGUUUCCUCAUGGGUCUUCUUGAUGCAGGGAAGGCAUAUCUCCAGCGACAAGUAAGGCCAGAGGCCUGGCUGUCCACUGGUCCCAGUCCUGGUCCUGACCAUCUGAUGCUGGUUUGCCAUGUCUCUGGCUUCCACCCAAAGCCUAUUCGGGUGAUGUGGAUGCAGGGUGAGCAGGAGCUUCUGGGCACUCAGCGAAGUGACUUCUUGCCCAAUGCGGAUGGGACAUGGUAUCUUCAGGUAUCCUUAGAUGUGGAAGCCAUUGAGGCAGCUGGCCUGUCUUGCCAUGUGAAACACAGCAGUCUAGGAGACCAGGAAAUCAUCCUCUUCUGGGAGCGUCGCAGGUCCAUGGUCUUGAUCUUCUUGGCAGUGAUAGUGCCCUUGGUGCUUCUGACAGGUCUUGCAUUUUGGCUUAGGAAGUGCUGGACACCCUGUGAACCUGCAAGCCCUCUUCGCCCUUUGGUAUGAGAUCACAGCAGCCCAGGGGUCAGGACGUAUCUAAACCCAACUCGGUGAUGAUAUCCAUUCCACUCUUCUUGUGCUACUUUAUUCAUUGUUGUUUAUUUCUUCUUAAUUGUCCAUUAUCAAUAUAAGCUGAAGGCAAUUUUGCAGGAUUUGGUUUUCUGAUCUGAGUUAUGGGACUUAAAACUCAAAUUAUAACUCUGAAAGAUAAGGUCCUAGAGAUUUCCACAUAUUCAAAUAUUAGUGGGUCAUCAAUUCCAUUUCAGAUAUCACUCCUCCAGAGGGCCUUCUCUGAUUGACAAGUGGGAGCAGUCUUUUCCAUAACUGAAUUCCCAGCACACUUGAACUGUGCUUUGCCAAAUCUAAUCCUCACUUCCUGCCCUUUGUUGCAGCUAUUUAAAUCCCUUUCCCCUUAUAAUUUUUAAGCUUGAGAGAAAAUCAACGUCUUUUUAAUAUUUUAUCUCUGGCAAAGUCUUACCUGCAUGUAAUAUGUUCUCAAUAAAAAUCUGUGUUGAAUUUA